AUGAACCGGGCCAGAAAGGUCUGGGGGCUGCAUUUUGCACUUCUUGCCGACACUGCAUCUGGAGAUUUAGUACGAGAGUCUCAUGGCAACCAAGAGUCGCGCGACGGACGAGGACUUGGAAGAGGUCGUAGCGGAAGAGGAUUUGGAAGAGGCCGUGGCGGCAGAGGUGGAGAACGAUAUCGUGGUGGAAGAGGUGGAGAAAGAAGUCGUGGGGUAAAAAGGAAAAAGGUCGUGGUGGAAGGGGCCGUGAUGAAAGAAAUGGUGACAAUGGAAGGCACAAGAACUCCAAUGGAUAUUGUAUAUAUGGAAACCAUCGUCAUGAUGCUAAUAGCCAAAGGAGUACACCAAGCAGCAAAGUUCGAGGUCAUCAACCAAUGGAGCUCAUUAAUAAAGAAUAAGAAUCUGGAUCUCUCUCUCUCUAGUCUAUUAUUUGGAAAUUCGCGCAAGACUUCAGCAUUCAUUUUUUUAAACUACCGAAAGAAAUUGUUAGAAAAAUUUUGAGAUUUGACUUGAGAAAGUGACAUACAGUGUAUCUUGUAGAAAAUAACAGUAAGAACAUUAUCAUUUUCUGCAAUCGGUGAAAUAUUUCUUUAUUUAACAUUAAUUAACGUCUUAAAUAUACAAUGAAAUAAUUUGGUUUUCAUUCACAAAUCCGAUAGACACUGGCAAAAUGCGCGAACAUUAGCGCGCAUUGAACGAAUCCGCACAUAAUAUUAUAACUACGUUAACAAGUUUAUUUCCCUGUGU